AUGGAGAUAACACAGAACAGACCGUCCUUGUACGGGGAUAUCGCUCACGUUCUGGGAUUCUGGACAGAGCGAUCGGCAGUGCACCAGGCAGCUGCGCAAGGCCAGGCGGCACAGUUGCAGCAGCUGAUCCGCGACGGGGCGGCCGUCAACGCCGUGGCCGACGAUUCUAUCACGCCUUUGCACGAGGCCUGCAUCCAGGGACACGCCCGCUGUGUCGCACUGCUUCUAGCUGCCGGGGCACAGGUGGACGCUCGCAACAUAGACGGAAGCACUCCCCUGUGCGACGCCUGCUCGGCCGGGAGCCUGGAAUGUGUCAAGUUGCUGCUCGAGUACGGUGCAGCCGUCAACCCACCGCUCUUCACAUUUUCGCCACUCCACGAGGCCUGCAUGGGUGGAAAUUCAGACUGUGUGGAGCUGCUGAUCCGGCACGGAGCCUCGAUGGAGGCUCACGACUGUCACUACGGAACGCCGCUCCAUGUUGCCUGUGCCAGGAAGCAGUACGACUGUGCUAAACUCCUACUCAAUGCAGGGGCGAAUGUAAACGCUGCAAAGCUUCACGAGACCGCGCUCCAUCAUGCCGCCAAGAAUCGCGACGUCAACCUGAUCGAGCUUUUGGUGGAGUUUGGCGCCGAUUUGCACGCACGAGACAACUUGGACAGGAAAGCCAUCCAGUACACGACGCUCGGAUCGCCUUCGCAUUGCUGCUUUCGCUUUUAUGAGGACACACCGUUGAGCCUCCAGCAGACAGCGCGUGUGGCUCUGAGAAGGAUGCUGGGUGUGAAGGCGCUCCACAUUUUUCCCAAGUUGGAUUUACCCAAUCGCAUGGUCGCCUUUCUGUCAUACACGCCACCUCCUGUCUUUGAAGUCUAA